AGCUGUACCAAGUCCAACAAAUAGCAGGUGAGUUGUAUUUGUACUAUUUGUAUAGUCGUUCCGUCCAACUACUAAACCGAACUCUAAGCAUAAAAAAAAACUCGCAUUUGGACCCACCUUAUAUCUUCUUAAAUACUACUCUCUCUGUCAUUUUCCUCCUUAAUCCCCUUAAGAAAUUAAUUACUCUGACUUCAAUUUAAGUCUCUUGUUUUAAUCCUAUGCUUAAUUUCUUCAUCUGUCCUUGGCGUGUCUUUCUUUCUUAAGUCUCUUUUCCAAUUCCAACCCUAAACUGAUACAUAUUGUGUGUUGCAAAUCAUUAUUGGCACCCAUAACAUAAUUAUCACUUUGUUUUCAUGAUCCAAUUAAAUUAAUUGUUUAUUAUAGUAUAGUAGUAGAUUGUUCUGCUAUAAUUGCAAAACUAUCUAUAGUUACUUUGUUUGUUCCUUUUAUCAUGGCUGAUGAUAAUAAUAUGAACCAUGAUGUUCUCUCACUUAGCAACAACAAUCACACCAUGGUUCCAACAGACGAAGAUUUCAUCACCGAGUUAACUCAUCAAAUGUCUCAAUUCAUGCUUCAAGAAGAAGAUAUUGACGACUCAUUCGAUUUCUCAUCUAUUGCCUCCCAGAGUCACAAUUCCGAACUGUCAUGGGAUUUAAUUAGUUCACCAGAUUCAACUCUGUGGUCACCGAUGAGUUGUAACCAAGGGAGCUCAGAAGGGUCAUCUCUGGAUUCAUCUCCACCAGCUACACCUUGUUGGAAGACAAAAACCUACGCUAAUGUGGUUAAAGGGAUUCAGAAUAAUACUAUGAAGCGUAAAGAAACAGGGACUUCUAAACAGAAUAUUCAUGGUUCUGAUAUUCAAAGUUUCAAGUCCUGCAACGUUGAUAGAUUUUCAUCACACAAAGCAUUGAUUGAGGAACAAAUUAAAGCCAUUGAAUUAAGGAAAAAACAUUACAUCAGUGACAUCAAGCAACAUGCUCUGUCUCCGAAGCAAAAUGAGGCCAAAGAAAAAGAGAUUCAGAAGCAAGGUAAUGGUGGGAACUGUACUCGUCUACCAAGGCUUGCUUCAGUGCAGACCGGUGGUGGAGGAAUGAUGCAGGCGGUUUUUCUUGGUGGGUCCGGUUCAAGAAAUGGGACCGGUGUUUUCUUGCCUCGUGCUGGAACCGUUGUUGCUCCAUCAGAAUCAACCAAAAAGAAAGGGAAAGGUUGCUCCACUGUCCUUAUACCAGCAAGAGUUGUGCAGGCUUUGCAACUACACUUUGACAAAACGGCUCCCAAAGUUGUUGGCGUCCCUCCACUCCGUGAUCUUGUUUUGAACCAUAGGGAAGGUAUGUUUUCACUUGAGAAUCACCAGUCAACAAAAGCAGCAACAGAAGUCCAGAAUGAUAUGAUUCUUCCUCAAGAAUGGACAUAUUGAAGUUACUGUAGAGCCACAUGCAUUUGCAACUAGUCCUAUGUUUACACACACAUGUGACAUCGGUAAUAAUCUUAAUCAUCAUUAUUAAUUAUAAUAAUAAUGAUGGUGAUGAUGAUGAUAAUUUUGUUUUGGCUAAGCUUUUUACCAAACUAAUGAAAUAAAGUAAACAAAUAAGGAAAAUGAAUAAGAAACCAUAAAAGGAACUCCACGCCAACAAAUUAGAUCCAUGAAUAUGCAUUAGAGAAUCUUUUUCAUGUCACAAUCAGUGUGACAAAUAUGUAUCUUAUUUUGUAAUUUGCUUCUCCCUUAAGUUGUUUUUUUAUAUGGACAUAUAUUAUGAGUUUGCGUAGCACGGUACUCCUGUCCCAAGUCGUGACAGAGGGAUACAUAAUUAAAAAAAAUAAGGAGUGAAGUCUAGCAGUUUCUUGUAUUAAUUGCUAAGCAAACUAGAGUAGUGACUUUAGAACAAGGAUGUAUUUUUAAAUCCUUUGUAAUGAUUUAGCUUGAGCAAUGAAAUAAUCUUUGUGUGUUAUGAUUGACAAA